AUUCCGUAUUUUCAUUUAACAUAGUUUACAGUUAUUCCGCGCCGGACAGGUGCUUUCCAACGCGACAGUGACAACAACGCUAAGUUCGAAGGUUUCACUCUAAAACGCCAAGAUGAGUAUGUACUCAAUCAUAUUCAAACAAGAACAAGCCCAUGAAGACAGCAUAUGGAGCUGUGCCUGGGGCCGGAGCGAGAGGGACGGCACUGAAAACAUUGUUACAGGAUCCCUGGAUGACACUGUCAAAGUGUGGAAGUGGUCGGAUGACAAACUGGAGCUGCGACACACCCUGGAGGGACAUCAGCUCGGAGUCUUGUCUGUCGACAUCAGUCCAGGCGGUACAUUGGCGGCCUCCAGCAGUCUUGAUGGUCACAUGAAGGUAUGGGACCUGGAGUCAGGCAAACUAGCCAAGGGCAUCGACGCUGGGCCAGUGGAUGCGUGGACUGUGGCCCUCUCCCCAGACAACAGAUUUAUAGCGUCCGGCAGCCACACGGGCAAGAUCAACCUGUUUGGUGUGGACUCAGGCAGGAAGGAGACAUCGCUAGACACCAGGUGCAAAUUCACACUCAGCAUUGCAUAUAGCCCUGAUGGUAGAUUCAUAGCAUCAGGAGCCUUAGAUGGUAUUGUGAACAUCUUUGACAUCACAACAGGAAAACUCAUCCACACACUAGAAGGUCACGCUAUGCCUAUCCGGUCACUGUGCUUCUCUCCCGACUCCCAGCUCCUGGUCACUGCAUCAGAUGAUGGAAAUAUCAAGAUAUAUGAUGUCCAACAUGCCAACCUAGCGGGAACCCUGUCUGGCCACGGAGACUGGGUGCUUAGUGUCUCCUUCUGUCCAGAUAACACCCACUUUGUCUCAGGGUCAUCUGAUAAAACCGUGAAGAUCUGGAAUGCUGGAACUCGGCAGUGCGUCCACACGUUCUAUGAGCACUCUGACCAGGUAUGGAGCGCCACCUACAACAGUAAUGGUUCCAAGAUUGUGUCAGUCUCCGACGAUAAGGCAAUUCAUAUCUACGACUGCCCUCUCUGAGACCUGCAGUGACAAGACUCAUACUGACUAAGCCAGUACUUCUGAAUUAUUUGAACAUUUUGUUGUCUGAAAGACAAAUGGAUUGGACACCAGCUGUGACACUUUCUUCAGCUCAAGUACUCCCCAUUGCAGGGUUGUAUUAUUGGAAGAAGCAGAAAAACUGUUAGGAGUGCAGAAAUUGUCGUUUCACCAGAAGAUGGGGAUAUAUUCUGGGGCUGUUCCACAAAGCAUUUGUUGUGCUACGAUGAUCGUAGCUUCCAUACUGUAACAAAGAUUUAUGAUAGUCAUUAUGAUGAUCGUAGCUGUCGUACUAUUACAAAGACGUAUGAUCGUCACUACGAUGAUUGUAGCUUCCAUACUCAAACAAAGACAUGGUAGUCGCUACGAUGAUCGUAGCUGUCGUACUAUUACAAAGACGUAUGAUCGUCAUUACGAUGAUUGUAGCUUUCAUACUCAAACAAUGACUGAUGGUAGUCGCUACGAUGAUCGUAGCUGUCGUACUAUUACAAAGACGUAUGAUCGUCAUUACGAUGAUUGUAGCUUCCAUACUCAAACAAAGACAUGGUAGUCGCUACGAUGAUCGUAGCUGUCAUACUAUUACAAAGAUGUAUGGUCAUCACUACGAUGAUUGUACCUUUCAUACUCAAACAAAGACAUGGUAGUCGCUACGAUGAUCGUAGCUGUCGUACUAUUACAAAGACGUAUGAUUGUCACUACAAUGAUCGUAGCUCCAACAUUCAAACAAAGACUGAUGGUAAUCUCUACAAUGAUCUUAGACCCACACUCAAGCAAAGACUAUUGAUAAUCUUAGAACUGAGAUUGCUUUGUGGAACAAGUCCCAGGCCUAUAUGUUUACUAUUGAUGCUGGUACAAUGUGCUGAAACAGUUCUCACCCGAGAUGUUUCAAAAGUUUGAUCAAACUGCCACAGUGAAGAUACAGUGCUUCUUCUGGUCUAGUUCAGUCAAAUCAUUCCGGGUUAGAAUUGAAUGCCAGUAACCUAAGCUUGUUGUACAAGGCAACUAUAUAGAUCAAGUUGAUUUGGUGACUUGAUUGUUGCCUGUCAUUAUUCCAUUAUUAUCGUAUUCUAUUGAUUGCAUUGUUGCCCACCGAUUUAUCUGGACCUGCUCACAGGGCGAUAUUUGGCCCGAAGUCUGCAGCAAUUUUCUGUGAAAAUGGGAAUGAGAAAAUUCGCUUUUCGUGAAAAUAUAGUUAUUAUAUUUGACGUAAUGAGGGCCCAGGGCACUCUCAAAAUUAGAAAUAGGGGGCUCUUAUUAGAAUAUUAUUUUGGUGAAAAAAACAGAGUUUAAAGAUAGAUUUCGUGGUUUAUGCUGAAAGCCUAAAAUGUUAAUGUACGACAUAUAUAUAUAUUUCCAGAAUUUAAUUGCCUAUAAUUAAGGGUGCAUAUAACACAUGAGUGUGUAUUAUAAGUGAAUAAAUAAGUCUUGUGUACAUUGAUCAAUCGGAAGGUGUGCUAAUUGAGUUGUUCACAAGCCAAUAUCUUAGCAAAUGUCACCGUGAGCACUUAUUAGAGCGGGGUGCUUAUUACGUCGAAUACGGUAUGAGUAAUUGAAUGGCUGGGUUGAGCUGACUUUUCUACUGAUAACAAGACCCUAAAGGAGAAUGAGAUCGGCAACUUCCUUGAGAGAAAGGUCGUGUGGUGUGUGUAAAUAAUGCAAGAAUUGUCAUGAAACGAGCACUGCUUUCAUGGUAACGUCAACUGUAAAUACUAAUGUAAAUAAAUAUAUUUUACAUUA